AUGACGCACGUGGUGAUUCGAGGAGAACUUUCAGCUGACAGCGAGGCCUCUGAGGUCCUGGCCAUCGAUGACUUAUCCUUCAGCCCCGGCUGCGGGGCUGUGUCUGGGAGGAGGGUGUCCUCUCCUCCUGCCUGCCCACCCUCGUGGUUCGUCUGCGAUGAUGGGGAGUGUGUCGAGGAGAGCAAAGUGUGUGACUUCACCCCGCAUUGUUCCUCUGGAGAGGAUGAAGCCAGCUGCCCCUCCGAGUGUGACUUUAAGAGUGAUUCUUGUGGCUGGUACGAGCUUACCCUCGGCGAUGGCUUUGACUGGGUCAGGGGCUCGUCGAUGGAGGUACCUCCAGACUACUAUGGUCGCCCACCACCACUGGACCACUCCACGAACAGCACUGAAGGUCACUUCAUGUUUAUAUUCAAGAACAGCAGCAGUCUGUAUCCAAAUGCUGUUCUCCGAGGACCGCGGUUCCAACAAUCGGCUGCUGCCUGCACACUGACCUUCUGGCAUUAUAAUUCAGGCAUAUCUGUGGGAGCUGCUGACAUGUCACUUCGAAUCGAAGGAGUUGAAAACCACACUGUCAUAUGGAGAACAUUGUACGACCAAGGACCCCACUGGAAUCAGGUCACCGUACAGCUGGGACGCAUCACCCAGCCUUUCCAGAUCUCCCUGGCUAAAAUCAGCCUCGGCGUGUUCGAUGGAGUCGCCGCUCUAGACGAUAUCACUUUCAAGAACUGCUCUCUGCCUCCGGCGGUAGCUGAGUGCCCACCCCACACACAUUUCCACUGCAUGCACACCAAGGCAUGUGUGGAGCAUCUGCAGCUCUGUGACCUUGUGGAUGACUGUGGGGAUGGAUCAGAUGAGGCAGGAUGUUCUCCAGAGCUGCAGUGUGACUUUGAACAUGGGCUGUGUAACUGGAAACAGGAACAGACUGGAGAAGAUGUUUUUGACUGGACCAUCUACCAAGGCCCGACUCCAUCCUUUAAGACAGGCCCUAUGAAGGACCACACAUUGGGCACCGUCUAUGGCCACUACCUCUACAUUGAGGCGUCUGCCCCUCAGGAGUUCAAAGACACGGCGGUGUUGCUCAGUCCAGUCUUCAAACCCACCCGGCACAAUAGCACGUCGUACAACCACUGUGCUUUCCGCUUCCAUUACCACAUGUUUGGAAAAUAUGUGUUCUACCUGGCGGUGUACUUGAGGACCACUGCUACAGGCCGUGGCCAGAUUCUGUGGGUGAAAUAUGGAAAUCAAGGAGACCUCUGGCACAGGAAGACUCUUUACCUCAGCAGUGCUCAGCCUUUCCAGAUUUUGAUUCAAGGUACAGUUGGAGAUGAUUUUACUGGAGACAUUGCUAUUGAUGACCUUUCCUUCCUCAACUGUGAGCCUUAUGAAGGAGAGCUCCCCAUACUGAAUAAUACAACUCCAGCAGUGACGACUCCAGCCCCCACAGUUCAGCCCAACAUGUGCCAUAAUGGAGAGUUUCCUUGUGGGACAUAUGGGGAGUGCGUUCCCUUCAGUCAAGUGUGCGACUUUAGAUAUGAUUGCUCUGAUGGAUCAGAUGAAAUAAGUUGCGUGAAGGAAAGCUGUGAUUUUGAAGGAGGUGACACUUGUGGGUGGAAGAUUGUCAAACCCUCUUUCAUACUAAAUCACUCGUUUCGCUGGUCAUGUGACCAAGGGGAGAGCAAUCAUUAUGGAGAGGAGUACCACCGUCCUACUAAUGACCACACCCUCAACAGCUCCAAGGGGUGGUAUAUGUAUGCAGACAGUUCAAACGGUGGAUACGGUCAGACCACUGACCUCCAGACUCCUGUCAUCUCCUCCACUGGGCCGCAGUGCACCCUGGUCUUCUGGUACCACAUGAGGGGCUUCACCGUGGGAACACUGCAGGUGCUGCUGAAGCAAACAAACAUCACUCAUGAGGUUUGGACUGAGACUGGUAACCAAGGCAACAAAUGGAGACGAGGAGAAGUGUUUUUGGGGUUAUUGAGUAAUGUCCAGGUGGUAUUCUCUGCUAAACGAGGGAUCAGCUACAUGGGUGACUUGGUAAUAGAUGACGUCAGCUUCGUGGAUUGCUCCCCUCCUCUUCCUUCAGACCAGCCUUGCACACCUGAGCAGUACACCUGUGCAAAUGGCCACUGCAUCCCUCAGGACAACCUGUGUGACUUCAUCAACCACUGCGGGGACAGCUCAGACGAAAACCCCUACAUCUGCCAGGGUUUUAUUGAACGCUGCAGUUUUGAGUUUGACCUCUGUUCCUGGCGCCAGUGCCAAGAGGAUGACUUUGAUUGGAGGAUCAAAGCCAGCAGCAGUCCAACCAUUGGAACUGGGCCAUCAACUGACCAUACCCUGAGAAACUCCUCGGGACACUACCUCUACCUGGAAAGUUCAUUUCCUCAGGAAGAUGGCAGCACCGCUCGUAUAAUGGGACCCCUACUGAGCCGCAGGAGCUCAGAGUGCAAGAUGCGUUUCUACUUCCACAUGUCUGGAGAUGGCAUUGGGACUCUCAGUGUGUUCAGCAAAAGCGAAGGCCAUCUCCAUCUCCUCCUGACCCUGACGGGAGAUCAGGGCAACUACUGGCAGAUGAAGGAGAUCCCGCUGAGCAGCUCUAGGGACUUCCAGGUCAUGUUCGAGGGCAAGGUAGGCCGAAAUCCAAAGGUUGAAAUCUGCCUGGAUGACAUUACCUACUCUCCAGGAUGUCUUCUCGCUUCCUCGGCUACAUCGCCGGAUAACACUCCUUCACCUCCUCCAGGGUCCUGUCCUUCGGGCUACCUACCUUGUGAAAAUGGCAGGUGUUUCACUCCAUGGCAGAGCUGUGACUUCACAGAUGACUGUGGCGAUGGAACGGAUGAGAAGCAUUGUGGGACUUCGUGCACCUUUGAGAACGGACGCUGUGGGUGGAAGAGCUCCCUUGCUGAUAAUUUUCACUGGGUGCUGGGCACUGGGUCUGUCCAAAGCAUACGGCCUCCGUAUGAUCACACGCUGAUGAAUGAGAACGGGCAUUUUGUCUAUUUGGAAGCAACACCAGUGGGACUGAAAGGCGAUAAAGCUCAUAUUAGAAGCUCUGUGUGGAAAGAGUCUAGCGCCAUCUGCAAGCUGUCUUUCUGGUACUACAUUUCCCACAAGGCCUCGGGAACCAUCCGGCUUCUGAUCAAGAUGGAGAAUAAUUUAAAGGAGGUGUGGAAUCAAACGGGACAUCAGGGCAAUAAGUGGAACCGAGCAGAGAUCCCCCUGAGGAAGCUCCGGAACUUUGAAGUCAUAUUUGAGGUGGUGCGCCUAAAGGACGUGAGCGGUGGAGCAGCCUUAGAUGACCUGGAGUACAUAGACUGUGCCCCAACCACUGUGGAGGCCGUUGGUUGUCCUGCGCCCACAGAUUUUGUGUGUCGCAGCGGCCACUGCAUUGAGUCCCACCUGGUGUGCGACGGCAAGGCCGACUGUGCUGAUGAAUCGGAUGAAGCCGACUGCGACAAAAUAAUUAGCUCGCCAGGUGCUUGUAGCUUCAACAUGGAGGGAGACCAGUGGAAAGAGAGAUGCCAACUUUCUCAAGACCCUGAUGAUGACUUUGAUUGGAGGAUUGGUCCCAGUACUGAGACACCAGGGGCUGGACCUAUCACCGACCACAGCCAAGGUGGUGGAGGGAACUUCCUGUAUAUAAACUCAGCCACUCAGCGUGAGGGCGAUGUUGCCAAGGUGACAACCAGGAGUCCGUUUCCUGCCAGCAUCGGCCUGUGUCACCUGCGCUUCUGGUUCUUCAUGCAUGGUUCUGAUAGGAUGGGAACAUUGAAGGUCUUUACUGCUGGACCCAGCGGUACCCGUCUGUUGAUGUGGGCAGCCACUGGAAACCACGGCAGACAGUGGACAUACGCUAAUGUCAUCGUGUCCAACACGGUACCCUUCAGAGUGACCUUUGAGGCCGAGGUGGGUGGAGACAUGUGGACAGAUAUCGCCCUGGAUGACAUUUCCUACACUGCAGAGUGUAUAGUUGGAGAACCUGUGACUCCUCAGCCACUGACUUGUGGUGUGAACCAGUUUCAGUGUGCAUACUCCUUCCAGUGUAUCCCAGAGAGCUGGUUGUGUGACACGGAGCCCGACUGUGCUGAUAAGUCUGAUGAAGAGCAUUGUCCCACUGUGGUACCCGGAACUCUUCCUCCUCAGGGCCUUUGUCCUCUUGGGUAUUUUCAGUGUUCAGAUCAUCACUGCCUCCCAUCCAUAAUGCGCUGCGAUGGAGUCGUGGACUGUCCCACAGGAGAGGAUGAAUACAGCUGCCCUUGGCUCCAAUGUAAGCUGGGAGAACUGGUGUGUGAAAGUUCGUCUAGCUGUAUCCCAUUUCAGAGGCGUUGUGACCAUUUUGUCGACUGCCUGCCAUUCCACUCAGAUGAAUCCAGCUGCCAUGAAUGUCCUCCGAUGUAUUGCAUGUAUCACGGCUCAUGCCAUGUGAUGACACAGGGGCCUGUUUGCAUCUGUCACCCGGGAUGGACAGGAAACCGUUGCCAUGUCAGAGAGAAACCCUCCCUCUCCACGUCUUCACCCAAACCAGAGGACACGCAGAUGGUUCCUGUGUAUGUUGGCAUCGGCAUCGGGCUGCUGCUGCUCGUACUCGGAGUCGCUGUGUGUGUUCUGGCUCUGUGCAAGAGAAAGUGCCACUUAAUAAAGCCCAACCUGACGGACUACGGGGUGAUGGAUAACCCAAAUUUCGACUGGAAAGCAGAGAAUGAAAGAGCGGGCGGCUGUCCCAGUGUGAACCCCAGGAGGAGUGAUGGUCACGGGCUUUCCAUCAGUGUCUACCCCUGGAGGAAGGAGGUAGAGGGUCUGAACUGGAAAGAUGCCAAGCUGUCCUUCUCCAACCCCUUGUACCAUUACCCCCCUAAUCAUAAUGAGGCUGACAGCAAAACCUCUGAUGCAUAAAAACAACGGACAUCACAUUUAUUUUUUUAAAGAUAAUUUUUUGGCUAAAUGCCAACUAAGAGCAAUGCAACAAAACCAUCGAGAUGCAGAAAACAUGGAGACAAAGAGGACGGGCGACUCAUCAGUGGACCUUAUGUAUUCACACUGUAUUGAAUUGUGCGUACACACUCUUGAGGAGUUCGUCUUGACCCACUGCACUCAAGUCCAGAGUGGGGCAGAGGAUGCAAACGGUGACAUGGAUAUAUUUCACAAUACCAGCUCGGCUUGACUUCAUGUGAUACUUACAUGUUUAAAUAAAGGUUUAAAGCCCA